UUUUUAUUCACCACAAUUGAGUUGACUUUUCAUCUGUUAAUAUACAAGUAAAAAGCUAACGAUGAAGCCUGUUGUUGUUUUACUUUUAACAAUUUAUGUAACAACCAUUUCGGCACAUGGCCAUUCGGAACUUUGUGGAUUCGGGCAAGGUGUUAAUCCGUGUAGAGAAUGUGAUAGUGGCAAUGCAGCUUUCUUAGCAUCAGAACGUCGUCCUAAGCUACCUCGUACUUUUGUGGCUCCAUCAGUUAUCAAUGAACUGGCUGCUUUAAAGAAAACAAUAGCAAGUGUAUCACGAAAUUGCAAUAAACCUGGGGGAUGUGGCACUGGAUCUGCGACUCGAACAACUCCUGAGCAAACUCAAAAAGGACCAAGUGUUGCCGAAAUAUUAUCAUUGGGUCCUAAUGUUAAACUUGCACCAAAAUUUAAUCCAAUUGGUGAUCUUUGCACUCACAAAGCCCAAAGUAGGAGUAAUUUGUUAACUAAAGGAAGAAAGAUGCUUGUUAAGCCAGCACGACCUGGAAGAGUUUUAUGUAAGACUGAUAAAUUUGAUUCAUCUUCCGUUGGGGCAGUACCUACUGUAUAUAACUCCGAGAAUCAUGCAACGUAUGAAAUUCAACAAAAUAAUGAUAAAUUUACGAAUUCAUUCAAUAAUAUUAUGAACAAAAUGAAUUUCAAUAGUAAUUUAAAUAGUCAUGGAUUUAAAGAAACGAGUAGCAAUGGUAUUUUCCGAGGUGAUACCAUGAUAAAUAACAAUGUGAUGAAUAAAAUUAGCUCAAAUAAUUUGAUGUCAAGUGGUAGCAGUAUUUCAAACAACAAUAUUUUCAGUAAAUUAACAAAUAUUUUUAAUGAGAAAAAUGCAAAUACUCCUGUAGCUAGUGGCAGUGAUUUUUAUACUACAAAUAUUUUAAAUACAAUGACAAAGUUUUUAUCCAACGAUCAGUCAACUCAACAACAUUCCGCGAAUCAAGAAAGUGUUGUCAAGAAAAAUGAUUUGACCGCAAAAUUUUUAACCCCUGCAAUGAAUAUACAUAAUACUAAUAAUUUAAAUAUGGAGAUGCGUGAUAGCCACUCUAAAUCUUCGAAGUUUGUCAAUAUUUUAGAUCCUUCGACCGGAAAUCCUCACACCGUUUCACUAGACGAACUUUGUGAUGGGAGAGAUUUAACAUACGAAGAGCAGGAAAAAGUUUAUAAAGGUGUAGAACUACCAAUAAUACCGGCUGAUGCACUUACAUGGAAACUAACUUUAGAAAAAAUUUUCAAACCUUUGAUGACUGUAGACAAUCGCGAAAUUCAAAAAAAAGUAAACGAGGGACAAUUAGGAUUUGGUCCAAAUCAACCACCAAUCAAUGAUCUGAAAAAACCAAAGACUAUCGAAAUUCCUGAAGAAAAACUCCAUAUUGCUGAGCAGCCAACCGUUGAGUUUAAAUCUCCUGCCAUGCCAGAAAAAAUACCGAUACCCACCUACGUUGAAUUGGGUUAUAAAUCAUAUGAACCACCAAAGAACACUUUCAUUAUUGAAAAACAAUCUCCGGCUCGAGUAGAAGAAAUUACACGAACAGUAGUAGAUGAAGUGCCAUGUGGAAAUAUGGGACCAGCUCUUCCAGAUUAUCACCCUGGUGAAAUAAUUGCCGUCGAAAGAAAUGAUAACGAAGAUAGUUGUCAACAUAAUCAAGGAAAUUAUCAAGUAAAUCAACAAAGUUAUAGUGAAUCUUUCAUUAAUACUGAACAUUCACGUGAAGAUCAAGUUCGUGGAGGAUAUUUGGAUUCAAAUAACCAACAUUCUUUGACCUGUUCCUGUAUUUAAAAUUAUUUAAAGACUAAAAAUAAUCAAUGGGAACUAUUAAAAACAUUUUAAAACCUGACAUGUUGAAAUACAUAAAAAUGUACUGAUAAUUCAUUUAUAUUAUUAUUAAAUGUGCAUGCAAUCGUGCAUUGACUAUACGUUUAAAUAAAACGAUGUUAUUUUAUCAUA